CUAAGAAGAAAGAAAGUAUUGCACAAAACCUUAAAUUUUCAAUUUUAAGUCUUAGAGGUAAUUUCCUUCAGUUGUAUUACACAAAUUAACUGGAAGAUAAUUUAUUAUUUCUUGCAGAUUAACUCAAAAUGUCAUCAGCGCCAAGAUUAAGUUUAGUUAAAUUAAAAGGAUUCCCAAGUGAGUUUCACCCGAGUGGAAAAAUAGCCACUGUCGCAUUUAUAGAAUCUUCAAAUGAAGUCAUUGAAUUAUUAGAAAAAUUUGGAAAGCUAUUUAGCCCAGUUGUUAUGGAUAUGCGUGGGAAUGUAGAAUCUUUGCUGGAAUAUUAUAAAAAAGACAUAACGAAUCGAGAGUUUCUUGAAGACAUGAUUUUGACUGAUGCUGAGAAGUUGAGUCAUCCUUGGUUGUUGUGGCUGAAGCGAGCUCUUGAAUUAAUUGAGAGAUUCUUCUGGUAUGUCAUAAAUAAUGAUGAUAUUAUCAAAGAAAAAUCGGACAGCUUAAAACCCAUGAUAAAUCAGGCUUAUAAUGAAGUACUGAAGCCUUAUCAUGGUUGGUUUUUACAAAAUACUUUUAAGCUCUUGUACCAAUGGAUGCCAUCAAGAUCGACACUUCUGGGAUCAGACCUUUACUUUGAAGACAACAUUAAACAUUUGAAAAUUCUAAUGCCGCGAAUGAGACUUCAUCUUGAUAAAAUUAAUGAUUUGUAUCUAAAACAUAAUCUUAAUGAUGAUCGAAAAGUUUAAUUAUGCAGCAUAUUUAGUUAAUUAUUUUAUUUACUAAAUUAUUUCGAAACGCAAUUGUACCUAGUUUAAUUAAAAUCACGCAUUUUUAUUAGAAGGAAAUUUUUGUUUAUUUAAAUCUCGAAUCUUAUUUUAAUUGAAAUGUGCUAUCUACGACUUUUAGUUGUUAAUUUCAAUUUCGUUUAUGCUAAGCUUAAUAUUUAAUAAACAGUUUAAAAUGUUGAUGUAUGAUCACUGUUAAUAAAUUGACUAAGCUUCUUGAAUAUUUAGUCCUAUGUGAAAUGAAAUGUUUCCUUAUGCAGUUAAUUCUAUGAUAAGGCU